CAAAGCGUAGAAGAAGAAGUAAACUGACUGCCCGCGAUUCGACCACGUUCGAGCAGGGUUGGCUCUUUUCAUUUUUUAUUUGAAUCAAAAGGUUAGUAACGGAAGCUGUGAUGCAGAAAGCAGGGGGAGGUGCAAGUCCUCAGCUGUCUCUGGUUUUCUUUGACUUGGAGACAACCGGGUUAGGUCCAAGUUGUGAGAUCGUCCAGCUGGCUGCAGUGAGUGGUGGCCACUCCCUCAACCUGUACACCAUCCCUCGGUGUCAAAUGCAGCCUGGAGCAGCCAGGGUGACUGGCUUCAGGGUCCGCAGACAGAGGCUGUACCUUCAUCGCCGACCGGUCCUCACCAACUCCCUCAAAGAGGUCCUGGUGUCUUUCAUAGCCUUCCUCCACAUGUUUGGACGACCCCUCCUUGUAGGCCACAACAUUCGCCGCUUCGACUGUCUGGUCUUGGCUCGCGUGCUUGACGAACUGGACCUGAGGGCCAAGUUCCAGUCGUCAGUCUCAGGCUGCUUAGAUACCCUUCCAGUAGCCCGUGAGAUGUUGAAGGACCACGGCUUGCAGAGUUUUCGACAGGAGAACUUGGUCAGGGAGGUGUUGGGUUUGAGCUACAAGGCCCACGAUGCUUUAGAGGAUGUACGAGCACUGCAGAUGCUGUACAGCGUGCUUCAGCCUGUGUCAGAGCUGGUUAGCAGGCAUACGUUCUAUCUGGAGAACAUAGAAAACAAGCCACCUGCCAAAGCUAAGGUGCCCUGUAAGCCAGCAGGGCAGCGCCCUCUGUGGGAGCACUUCAGACAGGCACUGAAGGUCACAGAGAGCACAGAAGAGGACCGUGCCAGAGAACUGGAUACCUAAUGAAACAUUGUUGGGAAUAUUUAGUAUUUUUAAAGGUGCUACAUUUUAAUCUCAACAAAUAAUUUAAUUUAUUUUGAGACAUGACUCUAAUUACCAUACACAAAAGAGGCAGUCACUGCAAAGGAUACAACAGCUUCAACACUGCGUUUUACAUAUGUGCACCAGGAGGGAAUUUGUAUGAAAUCUAAUUUAUUUCUGCUGGCAGAACAUCAGCCCCCUCUGUAGAAAGAGGGGCUGAAGAGGCCUGGUGUCCCUCCGUUGACUGAGAAAACACAAGCACUUACGUCCAUGUGCAUCUGAGAUCACUGGGCCACUCUAAUGCUUAGUUUUGUUGCUUUGUUUAAGGGCAGCUCAGUGGUAUUAUAUAAGAAAGGGGAGAGGGCUUUUAGUUCACUUCUGCUACUAAGAUGUUCUUGGACAAACUGGACAUUCCAAACUGUAAGCUUGGGUCACACCCUUGUAUUGAUUCAAAAUGCAUAUUGAAUAGUCCUACCGCAAUUAGAUUGGAGACCACCCUCAAGGAUGGUACUGAGGUUUCAAGUAUUUAAUGUCCCAGUGUAUAUAUACAGGAACCUUCUGUUUGUCGAAUGGUUGUUAAAAUCCACAUUGCUGUCUUUGUUGUCUUUUAGCAUUUAUUGAAGUGAGGACUGGCAGCUUUUUGUGAUCCACUCUCAACCUAACAUCUUUAAUGGAUGUGCAUACAUAGCUUAGGUUUUGACAGACAUCACUCUGGAAAACAUUCUCACCACUCAGGGCUAUGAAUAGAAAUAUGAAAUGUGCGCGUUAUGUAUUUGUAAAUUAAAACUGGAUUCACUUAUAUGAUCUAUAUGCACAAGAAUUUUAACUGGGAAAUAAAUCUGAUAGUAAAUUCAUUUUCUACUGUGUCUUGUAAAUUAUGCAGUACAGUGGCUGGUGAGCAGUUGUUGUAUUUGAUAUGGGCAGAUUCCCAGAUCUGUGAGCCGUCUGUUCUACCCAACGAGGGUUAGAAGCACAGAACAAAACAAAGAGUACAGCACUAUAGUAACAGAACAGGUCUUUAUUAAAUCACUUUGACAUACAGAUUUUCUCUGCAGACCCAUGCUACAGCAUCAUGUUAAAAAAUGCUAAACCAUGCCCUCAUUGCAGACGAAUAUUCCAAGAAACCUUCUCACAACAGUUUAAGUAAAACCAUUGAGGUAAAAUGCUGCAGCCUUCACAUCUGAGUGCAUCUGAAACCCUGAAAUCAAAAGAAAAAAAUGUUUCGAACUGAAAAAAUAAAAAUAGCAACAAGACUUUAGUGCAAACAGUCCCUAUAGAGAGAAAGUGACCUUUUUGAACUACAUAAGUUGGAUUGAGACAAAAUCAGUAACAAAUGUGUUAAUUCCAUUUCAGAAGUUUCUUUCCGAAAUGGGACACUGUUGGAAUGGAGACCUGUACAAAAAGACUGACAGCACAAAAUUAGAACAAAUUUUGUGCGUUUAACAGACAGCAGAUAACAGACUGUAGAUUGGCAAAAUGACACUUGUCAUAGAAUGUAGGCUCUAUGUCAGAGAGGCUUAAGGAUUAACUUAAGGUAAUGUUUUUUGUUUAUUUAUUUUUUAAAAAAUAAAAUAGAUGCAGUGUCUUGAAACAAACUCUUCAAAUCCUUCAUUGUCCCAUGUUUCUUCUACUGUUCAACUUCAUAGCAACAAACAUCAAACAGCAAAAUGUUUAGUGCAUCUAAAUUAGGAACAAGGUUAGAGAUUCAAGCUAAAUCACUGACAUCACCGCACAGCAACUUGCUCUUAUGGUUGUGUAGGAGGUACAGUCUGCACCAGGGUUUGGUUGUUUCACUUCAGUCAUUCAAUAGUUCAACCAGUUAAAAAUGUAGAAUAAAAGGCAUUCAUAGGUAGGUUGACAGAUUGAUAGAGCAUUCAUUCUCAAAUAUUUGACAUAAGAUAGGCUAUACAGACCAUUUUAGGAAAAGACAAAAAAAUCCACUUCAUAAACUGAAUAAAUUCAGAUCAACCCUGGUAUGUACUGUAAUAUAAUGCAGUAGUUUACACCUUACUGAAAUAAUUUAUUAACAAUAUUGAAUUAAUGUCUUGUAACCAAAUGAAAUAAUUACUUAGCCAUAGUGGUCACCAUAAGAUUUUAACCGUAUUACGAAGGCAAACCACUCACCACGUGAUAUCACUGACAACAUUGUAAAACCCCAUAAUACAUACUGUUUCAGGGAUUGUUUCCUUUGUACACAACAUUUAAUGUCAAGUGGUGAUGGUCAGUACAAACAACAUAACGUACAAAGUUGAAAACAUCUGGUUGCAAAUACUCAGAUACAGAAAUAAUUGUUUACACUUUUGUUCAUACAAUACUGUAAACCAUUAAACUGAAUGCAGCAUUUGGUUGUACACUGUA